GCAGUGAAUGUGAAAUGGGGAAAAGAGAAAUUCGAUGGUGUGGAGCUGAACACUGACGAGCCUCCAAUGGUCUUCAAAGCCCAGUUAUUUGCACUGACUGGAGUUCAGCCUGCCAGACAGAAGGUUAUGGUUAAAGGAGGAACUCUGAAGGAUGAUGACUGGGGAAACCUAAAAAUAAAGAAUGGGAUGACCUUACUAAUGAUGGGCUCCGCUGACGCGCUGCCAGAAGAGCCGGUUGCUCGCCCCAUCUUCGUGGAGGACAUGACAGAGGAGCAGUUGGCUUCAGCUAUGGAAUUGCCAUGUGGAUUGACAAACCUUGGCAACACUUGCUACAUGAAUGCUACGGUUCAGUGUAUCCGCUCAGUGCCAGAAGUGAAAGAGGCCCUUAAAAGGUAUGGUGGUGCCUUAAGAGCUUCAGGAGAAAUGGCCUCUGCUCAGUACAUUACUGCAGCUCUUAGAGACUUGUUUGAUUCCAUGGAUAAAACUUCCUCCAGUAUCCCACCUAUCAUUCUCCUGCAGUUUUUACAUAUGGCCUUCCCACAGUUUGCAGAGAAAGGUGAUCAAGGCCAGUACCUUCAACAGGAUGCCAAUGAGUGCUGGGUGCAGAUGAUGAGGGUACUACAGCAGAAGCUGGAAGGCAUAGAAGGUGAUACAAUUAUGGAGACAGACUCCGGAGCUACAGCAGCAUCCUCUAAAAAGAAGAGUUUAAUUGAUCAAUUCUUCAGCAUUGAAUUUGAAACAGCCAUGAAAUGUACAGAAGCCGAAGAAGAAGAAGUAACUAAAGGAAAGGAGAAUCUCCUUCAGCUUAGCUGCUUUAUCAAUCAAGAAGUGAAAUACCUGUUUACAGGACUAAAAUUGCGUCUUCAGGAGGAAAUCACCAAACUCUCUCCAACACUGCAGAGAAAUGCACUCUAUAUCAAAUCUUCCAAAAUUAGUCGCUUGCCAGCAUACCUGACUAUUCAGAUGGUUAGAUUUUUUUACAAAGAGAAAGAAUCUGUGAAUGCAAAAGUUCUUAAGGAUGUCAAAUUUCCUCUUAUGUUGGAUGUGUAUGAGCUGUGUACGCCAGACCUGCAGGAAAAAAUGGUUUCUUAUCGAUCAAAAUUCAAAGAUCUAGAAGACAAAAAAGUAAAUCAACAGCCAAAGAACUCUAGUAAAAGUGAUGGUGCACAGAAAGAAGUUAAAUAUGAACCCUUUUCUUUUCCUGAUGAUAUUGGCUCUAACAACUGCGGCUAUUACGACCUGCAGGCAGUGCUAACUCAUCAAGGCAGAUCAAGUUCCUCUGGGCAUUAUGUGUCAUGGGUUAAAAGGAAACAAGAUGAAUGGAUUAAAUUUGAUGAUGACAAAGUCAGCAUUGUUACACCUGAAGACAUUUUGAGGUUAUCUGGGGGUGGAGACUGGCAUAUAGCUUAUGUUCUACUCUACGGCCCUCGCAGAAUUGAAGUCGUUGAAGAAGCAGCUGAACAAUAGUCUUCCGUUUUAGCCAUUCUGCCUAGGUGUGAAAUAAAUGUUGAUUACUGAUCACUUCUUUAACCCCAGAGCUUUAGCAAGUGGAUAAAUACUUUGUUCAAACCUUCUCAUGUGCAGAGGGCUAUUGUUUUAAAACUGAUCCAUGUACCAAUUAGUCACUAUGGGACUGGACUGCCCACUGUGGUGGUGACAAUACUUAAAAUAGCUUUAAUGUCUUGCAGAAGAUAAUUUUUUUUAAUGAGCCUCUCCUCCUCCUUCUUCUCUAAUGUCAUCAAGUAUUUAUUACACACCUACUCUCACAUUUGUUACUCUUGCAUGGUUUAUACCACAGUUCAGUAGCUGUCCAUCCUUUGCCUUACCUGGCAGUUCUGUUAGGAAGGUAGAAGAGAAACCGUUGCCUUGUUGUGUAACUCAGUGCUGCUGCCCGUAGCCAACAGCUGUGGCUACAAUCAAGUAUUUGUCCAGCCUGACCUGCUGAUUCAGUCUGUUCUGUUGCUGGCAUCUCAUGAUUUCAGAAUAAAUUGUGAUCAACAA